AUGGCGCACAAACCAGUGAUACGUGUCGUCGGCUCCCUGAACAUCGACUUCGUCACACGGACUCCACGUGUCCCCGGGCCGGGGGAAACGCUAUCUGCGACAUCGAUGACAGUCCAUCCUGGCGGUAAGGGAUCAAAUCAAGCAGUCGCGUGUGGGAAAGCAGCAUUCACUUCUCCAUCCUCCCAAGAUGUCGUGGUCGAAAUGAUAGGCGCCGUCGGUGCCAAUGACCCAUACUACGCCUCCCUCCUGAAGCCCACACUAGAAAAGAGUGGUGUGAGCACCACAGGCGUCGAGGAGAUGGAAGGAGUUCAGACAGGUACAGCUACUAUCAUUGUCGACGAGGGCUCCCAUGGUGAAAACAGGAUCCUGGUUGUCCCAGGAGCCAAUGCUCGAGUGAAUGACCUGGCAAAAAUCAUAGAGACUGCGACAAAAGAUGGCAUCCCCGAUGUGGUGGUCAUGCAAGGGGAGAUACCUCGAUCCACCGUGCUUGGACUGCUGAAGGCGUUCAACUCGCCACAUUACAAGACAUGUGUCAUUUUCAACCCAGCACCAAUGUUCCCAGAAGGAGUCCCGAUUGAUGCGCUCAAGGGCUUGGCGGUGCUGGUAGUCAAUGAGACAGAGUGCCGGCAGCUCUUCACGUGUGUGGAUGAGCUGAAGACCGUUCCAACUUCCGGCCUGGAUGAGCCCAUGACAGAGUUAGAGCUCAACCGACUUACGACCUAUCUCCAUAACAAGGCGGGAAUACUCAUCGUGGUGGUGACGCUUGGUUCACAGGGUGUCUAUUAUUCAUUCGAGACCCCCGACUUUCUGGACCGGUCUCUAAUCCCGGCUGUGAAGGUGGAGCGAGUUGUUGACACAACAGGAGCAGGGGAUACGUUUGUGGGAUACUUUGCUACAGCGGUUGCCAGGCAUCUCGCGCAAGUGAAGGGUUUGGAAAAUCUCAAUGUCCGGGAGGCCGUGGGUAGGGCGAAUGAGGCUGCAGCAAAGUGCGUGCAAAGAAAUGGAGCAAUGGAGAGCAUUCCCUUCGGAUACGAAUAG